ACUUCUACACUAAGUUUAUCCAUCCCAAGUAGAAGAAUGAGUCCUAAAUCUACUGUAAACUUAAUUCCUAAGUUAUAUCUUUUCCUGCCAAAACAAUUAGACAAUUUCUCCUCUUCUUUCUCAAUAACGCUAAGAGUCCACUUCCACAAUUUCUAGAACUUCAAUAUUUUCAAUAAUCUCUAGAUUUUGCCAAAAAUUUCUCAUCUGGUUCCUCAAAGAUCCUUAAAUCAUCAUCAUGUCUAUGUCUGAUUCAGACUCCUCAUCUUCUCACGGCGGAAACUACAAAAAUUUCAGGCAAAUUACUAGGGAUCGGUUGUUGUUUGAGAUGCUUCAAUCCACUAAAGCUAAUGAGUCAAAAUCAACUUCCACGAUUCUUAUUAUGGAUAAAUUUACAGUAAAAAUCAUGUCAUCCUCUUGCAAAAUGGCAGAUCUCAUCGAACAAGGAGUCACACUGGCAGAAGACAUUGACAAGGGAAGACAGCCAUUCCCUACCAGUGAUGCUAUCUACUUCAUCCAGCCGUCAGAAGAGAAUGUCGCCAAGUUUUUGUCAGACAUGUCAGGAAAACACCCUUCGUACAGUAAGGCAUUUGUGUUCUUCAGUUCAUCUUUACCAAAAGAAUUGCGUGCUCAUAUCAAGAGCCAUACGAGAGUACUUGAGCGCAUUGGCGCGUUGAAAGAGAUGAAUUUGGAGUACUUGUCGAUUGACAGUCAGGGUUUUGUUACAGAUAAUGAGAGAGCACUGGAUGAACUUUUCGGGGAAGACGUGAAUGCUUGCGUGAAUGCGAUGGCGAAUCGCAUUGCUACGGUGUUUGCUUCGUUGAGAGAGUUUCCAUUUGUUCGCUACCGUGCUGCAAAGAUUGAUGCAUUCACGUUGACGGCAAUGCGUGAUUUAGUUCCGACUAAGCUUGCUGCUGCAGUGUGGAACCAGCUCACAAAUUAUAAAGAGAGGUUAAAACAUUUUCCCCAGACUGAAACAUGUGAGUUGCUUAUUCUGGAUAGAUCUGUAGACUUGAUUUCGCCUGUAAUUCAUGAGUGGACAUAUGAUGCAAUGUGCCAUGACUUGCUGAAUAUGGAUGGGAAUAAGUAUGUUUAUGAGGUGCCAAGCAAAACAGGUGAUAAACCUGAGAAGAAAGAUGUGCUUUUGGAGGAUCAUGAUCCUGUUUGGCUCGAGCUACGCCAUGCCCAUAUUGCAGAAGCUAGCGAACGUUUGCAUGAGAAGACGACAGCUUUCAUAGCAAAAAAUAAAGUUGCCCGAGUACAAUAUGGUUCAGGAAUUGGCGAUCAACUGUCUACACGAGAAUUACAAAAGAUGGUUCAAGUCUUUCCACAAUAUAGUCAGCAAAUUGAUAAGCUUUCCCUUCAUGUAGAGAUUGCUGGGAAAAUCAACAGAAUUAUCAAAGAGAUGGGACUUAGAGAUUUCGGGCAACUGGAGCAGGAUCUUGUAUUUGGAGAUGCUGGGCCAAGCGAGGUGAAAAAAUUUCUGAGGACGAAACAGGAUGCCACCCGUGAAAACAAAUUGCGUUUAAUGAUGAUAUAUUCAGUCGCUUAUCCUGAGAAAUUUGAGGGUGAGAAAGGUCUGAAGUUGAUGCAGCUGGCAGGAUUAUCUGAAGAUGACAUGGCUGCUGUACAUAAUAUGCCGUUGCUUGACGAUACCUUGGCUACUGGAAAGAAAUCCAAAGGGGGUUUCUCUCUCAAUUUUGGCAGUCAGAAGAAGAAGCAUGCUAUCCGAAAAGAAAGAAAAGGCGAGGAAGAAACAUGGGCACUGUCACGAUUCAACCCCAUGAUUGAGGAGCUGAUCGAAAAGCUUAACAAAGGAGAACUAUCAAAGAAUGAAUAUGCCUGCAUGAAUGACCCAACUCAAUCAGUCCAUGGAACCCAGGAAUGCGCAUCAGUGAGAUCAAGUCUUUCAGCUGCUCAUUCAGUGAGAACAAGGCGGGCACCCUCUUGGGCACGUCCUCGUACUUAUUGCAAUGGUUAUACAAGUGACUCAGUAUCAAGCUAUGGAUCAAGUGAUUUUAAAAGCAUGGGCAAACGUAUCUUCAUAUUUAUCAUUGGCGGAGCUACUCGAGCGGAGCUACGGGUUUGCCACAAGCUCACUGAAAAGCUUAGGAGGGAGAUUAUUCUUGGUUCAUCUAGUCUUGAUGAUCCUCCUCAAUUUAUAACAAAACUGAAGAUGCUAAUGACAGAAUUAUGACGAUCUUGACAUCCACUGAUGCUGUUUGUUGAGUUGCUCUUUUCUGUAUUGUAUUAGUAGUUGCCCUGGUAAGUUAUUUGAGAUACUGCCAUGCUGUAGCAAUGAGUGUUGGGCAACUUUGAACCCAAUUUGCAAGAACAAAAAAAUAACAUCUCACUCACUAUUUGUAAACAACUACUUUGCAUUCAACACGCCAGAUUUGUAAAA